AUGCUCAGCACCGUCCGUGCGCGUGUUCUCGCGCGACCUCCAGUUACGCGACCUCGCCAUCUCGCCUCCGUCUCGUCAUCUCCCACUACAUCGUCCAGCCCGUUCCAAGUCUUCGACCGCAAUGCAAAGCAAAUGCAAAGAGACCGUGCCGCGUCGCGCAAAGAGGGAGAGCGGAGCCGGGUGGUAGACUACGUCCGAGAUGAGGUUGCAGAAAUGCUCUUUGAGCGCAUGCAGGACAUCAAAAGGAGAUUCAACACUGUCCUUGAUCUUGGUUCUGGGCCAGGACACUUCUCCAAGUUGCUUGGACCAGAAAACACCCGAAGGGUCGUCAUGAUUGAUUCCAGUGCAAAGACUUUGCACAGAGAUGAUUCAACAGAGUUCGAUCCCGAAGUGGAGGUUCAGCGCAUGCAGGCCGACGAAGAGAGCCUACUUCACGUAGUUCCUCGGGACUCGCAAGAGGCCAUAGUUUCGUGUCUAAGCCUCCACUGGGUCAACGAUCUCCCAGGGAUCCUGGUACAGGUCAAAGAGGCCCUGCAACCAGACGGCGUAUUUCUAGGAGCCCUUUUCGGUGGUGACACAUUGUUUGAGCUUCGAACAUCUCUGCAGUUGGCUGAGGUUGAGCGCGAGGGCGGUAUCUCGCCCCACGUUUCUCCCAUGACGGAUACACGGGAUAUGUCCAACCUGAUGGGGCGCGCUGGUUUCACUCUCCUGACUGUCGAUGUCGACGAGAUUAAGGUAAAUUACCCCUCUAUGUGGGAGUUACUCGAGGACCUGCAAGACAUGGGUGAAAGCAACGCUGUCAUCGGCAGACGACAAGUGAUCCACCGGGAUACGCUGGCUGCUGCAUCCGCCAUCUACAGAGAGGUGCACGCUAAUGAGGACGGCACAAUACCUGCCACAUUCCAGGUGAUUUUCGUGAUUGGUUGGAAGCCUUCUCCCAACCAACCACAGCCAUUAGAGCGUGGCUCGGGCCAGACCAACUUGAAGGAUGUUUUGUAG